AUGACAGUGAAGUUGGGAGACAGCGGCGGGGAGGACGGGCUCAAGAAGCUGGGCAAGCGCGCGGCCGAUGAGGCCUCCCUGGAAGGAGAGGGCGCCGGCGGAGGAGACGCGACCGAGGAGACGAGCGGCACAAAGGAGGCCGAGCAGCCCCUUAGCAGCGGCAGCGUCGGGCCCCCCGGCCCCCCGGCCCCCUGUGCCCCGCAGGGCUCCCCCCAGGACCAGCACCACUUCCUCAGGUCCAGCGUGAGGCCGCAGAGUAAGAGGCUCAGAAAGGACUCGUCCUGUGCAGGCGGCGGAGGCAGCAGCUCCUCAGGGACCCGGGCCAAAGGAGCCGACAACGGUGGUGGCGCAGGACCAGGAAAUGGGCCUGGGGCCCCGCCUGCAGGGGGCUCGCGCCCCUCCUCCCGGAACCUAGGCUCUGCGGGAGGCGAGAAGGAGGAGGGCAAGAAGGUGCGGCGCCAGUGGGAGUCCUGGAGCACUGAGGACAAGAACACCUUCUUCGAGGGGCUGUACGAGCAUGGGAAGGACUUUGAGGCGAUCCAAAACAACAUCGCCCUCAAGUACAAGAAGAAGGGCAAGCCCACGAGCAUGGUGAAGAACAAGGAGCAGGUCCGGCACUUCUACUACCGCACCUGGCACAAGAUCACCAAGUACAUCGACUUCGACAACGUGUUCUCGCGUGGACUGAAGAAGUCCUCCCAGGAGCUCUACGGCCUCAUCUGCUACGGAGAACUGCGCAAGAAGAUCGGGGGCUGCAUGGAUGACAAGAAUGCCACCAAGCUGAACGAGCUGAUCCAGGCCGGGGCCACCACAGUCCGCUACAAAGGCAGGAACCUGCGGAUCAAGGCACCCAUGUGUCGAGCCCUGAAGAAACUUUGUGACCCUGAUGGCCUCAGCGAUGAGGAAGACCAGAAGCCGGUACGGCUGCCCCUGAAAGUGCCUGUGGAGCUGCAGCCACGCAAUAACCACGCCUGGGCACGUGUGCAGAGCCUGGCCCAGAACCCCCGGCUCAGGAUGAUCGUGGAGUUGCACCGUAAGGUCUCCAGCCUCAUAGAGUUCCUGAAGCAGAAGUGGGCGCUCCACGAAGUGCGCGUCCGGAAGACGCUGGAGGAGCGGCAGCUGCAGGAGCCUGUACGGGCCCCCGAGAGGGUGACGCUGCACCUCUUUCCUGGCGAGAACUGCACGGUGACGCCGCUGCCUGGAGUGGCGAGGGUGGUGCACUCCAAGGCCUUCUGUACCGUGCAUUGGCAGGAGAGCGGCCGCUGCAAACAGGGUGCCCGUGACCUCCAUGCGCUGCCACCCGCCCAGAUCCUGGGCAUCCAGAGUGGCCAGGGCACUGCCAGGGGCCAGGUCAAGUGCCCCCGGGGGACAACUGAGGGCAAGGCUGGCGGACGGCCCCCCAUCAUCACAGAUGCCUCACAGAGCUCUGGUGAGAGCUCUCCAGAGAGUGGCCCUGGGGAGGGGGCCACCCCAAGUUUGAGCAGCCCCGAUGCCCCUGACAGACUCCCGACUGGGCUCCCAGAUGCUGCGGGGGGCUUGGACAAGGGCCCCAUGGACAGCCUCGCUGAGUCUCUGGGCCCCAGGCCCACAGAGCCAUGUGCCUGCGGCCAGCCCCCAGACCUGGAAGAGGAGUUGUCCCUCCUCGACCCCUUCCCCCGCUACAUGAAGUCCUGCCAGGACCUCAUCAUCCCUGACAAGUGCCGCUGCCCAGACUCGGGAGUGGGGGGCGAGUGCCCACCCCCUGAGGGUCGCACCUCCCCUGAGGCCCUUGCCCCCAACUCCCUGGAGGCCACUGACCUGGCUCAGGGCCCUUCCCCUCCCCGGCUGGAGCCGGACAGUGGUGGCGCCAAAGACCAGGCCGAGGCUCCUGCUGAGGAGCCGCCCGAGAAGGGGAGCGGGCCGGACAGCACGUCCUUACUUCAGGGCCAGCCGGCCAGCCGACUGGCCCAGCAGGUGCGUGAGGAGGGCUGGAACCUGCAGACGUCUGAGAGCCUCACGCUGGCCGAAGUCUACCUCAUGCUGGGCAAACCUAACAAGCUGCAGCUGGAGUACGACUGGCUGGCCGAGCAGGGCCCUGCCGCCCCCGCCGUCCCCACCGCCCCCGCUGUCCGGCACAAGCAGCGCCUCCUCAGCUGCCUCCUAAAGCUCAUUGCCACUGAGGUCAACCCCAAGCUGGCUCCAGAAGCAAACACUGUCUCUGUGGCCUCCUCGAAGCCUGCCCAAGAGGAGCAGCCACUGCCCCCAGCCGGGAAGGUGAUGGCCGUCAGCUCACGGAGCCCCCGCUGCCCCCGUGGCAAGGCCUUCCCUCCACACACCACUCCCUGCCCUUCAGGUAUGAGGAACCCCCCAAGGCCCCUCCUGGUGGCCGGAGCCUCUGGCACAGGAAGCAGUGACGCUGACGGCGGUCUUUUUGCCGUGCCCACAACUCUGCCGCCCAACAGCCGACAUGGGAAGCUCUUCUCUCCCAGCAAGGAUGCUGAGCUGACCUUCCGCCAGCACCUGAACUCGGUCAGCAUGCCGUCCGACUUCUUCCUUCCCAAACCCCGGAAGCUGCGCAACCGGCACCUGCGGAAGCCGCUGGUGGUCCAGAGAACACUGCUGCCUAGACCGUCUGAGAGCCAGGCUCACAAUGUCUGCUCCUUUUCCAUCCUGUCCAACUCCUCCAUCGCUGGGAGAGGCUCGUUCCGGCCAAUCCAAUCCUCUUUGACCAAAGCAGCUCUGUCACGGCCGAUUGUGCCCAAGGUCCUUCCGGCCCAGGCCACCAGUCACCUUGCCAGUGCCAUUGACCUGGCUGCCAAGAGUGCUGGCAUCAUUCCCGGGAGCCCCCUCCCCGUCUUGGACAACGAGGCUUUAUCUGGCAUCUCUCCACUGCCCGCGGACGAUGUGAGCGCAGCACUUGCUGACCAGGACGCUACCAGGACCCGCCAGAAUGGACACCCCAUCUCCGCUGUGGGUGGAACGAGCAGUCCUUUCAUCAGUGUCCCCUCAAGACUCAAGCCGGAGCCUGAAGCGGUGGUGGACAGCUUCCAGGGCUCCUCUGUCCUCUCCCUCCCUGAACUGCCCAAGGCUCCACUCCAAAAUGGCCCCUCGUCAGGAGGUGCCAGCGCUCGGCUCUCUCCGCCCAAUGUGUCAGCGCUGCUGGACCUGUCCCUCCCAGGGCCACCCGAGGACGUGCUGUCUCAGGGUGAGCCCGCCACGCACAUCAGUGAUUCCAUCAUUGAGAUCGCCAUCAGCUCUGGCCAGUUCGGUGAAGGUGUCUCCCUUUCUCCGGCCAAACUGAAUGGUAGUGACAGUUCCAAGAGUCCCCCCUCCCCAUCUAGCAGCCCCCAGCCCAACUGGAUCGCCUCCCCUGCCCACGACCCCCAGUGGUACCCCAGCGACUCCACCGACUCAUCACUCAGCAGCCUCUUUGCCAGCUUCAUCUCCCCAGAGAAGAGCCGGAAGAUGCUGCCGACUCCCACUGGGGCGACCAGCGGCACCUCCUUGCUGGGCCCCAGCUUGCUGGAUGGGAACUCACGGGACUCCUUUGUAUCCAGGUCCCUGGCCGAUGUUACAGAGGUGGUGGACUCUCAGCUGGUGUGCAUGAUGAAUGAGAAUAGCAUUGACUACAUCUCUCGCUUCAACGACCUGGCCCAGGAACUGUCCAUUCCUGAGCCCAGCCGCCGGGAGGUCCUGUUUGAUGGCAGCGGGCCCCCCAUUGGGGACCUGUCGCAGUGA